GCCCGCGGGGUGGGGCCCAGCUGCCGCCGCCGCUCCCGCCGCCCCGGCCCGGCCAUGCUGGACUUCGCCAUCUUUGCCGUUACUUUCCUGCUCAUCCUGGUGGGCGCCGUGCUCUACCUCUACCCGGCAUCUAGGCAAGCGUCAGGUAUUCCUGGGCUGGCUCCAACUGAUGAAAAGGACGGCAACCUACCAGAUAUCAUUGCCAGCAGCAGUCUGCAUGAGUUCCUGGUGAAUCUUCAUGAGAAAUAUGGCCCACUGGUCUCUUUCUGGUUUGGAAGGCGUCUUGUUGUCAGCCUUGGCUCAAUUGAUCUCCUGAAACAACAUGUUAACCCCAACCGGUUGUUGGAUCCCUUUGAGACCAUGCUAAAGUCCCUCUUGAGGUACCAGUCCAGCCUGAAUGGGGAUACAGGAGAGAGCCACAGAAGGAGAAAGCUGUAUGAAAAUGGUGUGACCAAGUCCUUGCAAAGUAACCUUGCUCUCAUCCAGAAGCUGUCAGAAGAGUUGCUGGCCAAAUGGCUCUCCCUCCCUGAGGCACAACAUGUGCCACUCUGCCAGCACAUGCUGGGCUUUGCCAUGAAGUCUGUCACGCAGACAGCUAUGGGCAGCAGCUUUGAAGAUGACCGGGAAGUUAUCCGAUUCCGCAGGCACCAUGAUGCAAUCUGGGCGGAGAUUGGGAAAGGUUUUUUGGAUGGGUCCCUUGACAAAAACCUGACUAGGAAGAAGCUCUACGAAGAUGCUCUGAUGGAGAUGGAAUCCACCUUAAGGAAAGUUACAAAGGAGCGCCGAGGCAGAUCAUUCAACAGGCACGUCUUUAUAGACACCUUGCUGCAGGGGAGCCUGAGUGACCAGCAGAUUCUGGAAGAUACAAUGAUUUUCUCCUUGGCAGGAUGCAUAAUCACUGCUAACUUGUGUACUUGGGCAGUCUAUUUCCUGACAACCUCAGAAGAUGUUCAGAAGAAUCUCUACAAGGAGAUGGACCAAGUUCUAGGGAAGGGACCAAUUACUCAUGAGAAAAUUGAGCAGCUCAGAUACUGUCGGCAAGUGCUGUGUGAGACGGUGCGAACAGCAAAGCUUACUCCCGUUGCUGCACAGCUGCAGGAGCUGGAGGGCAGAGUCGACCAACAUACUAUCCCCAAAGAGACACUUGUACUUUAUGCUCUUGGUGUGAUGCUGCAGGAUAGUUCAUCGUGGCCAUCACCAUACAAGUUUGACCCAGAGAGAUUCAACGAGGAAUCAGCCAUGAAAAACCUCUCCUUGUUGGGUUUUUCAGGAAGCCAGGAGUGCCCGGAGUUGAGGUUUGCCUAUAUGGUGGCCACAGUUCUGCUGAGCGUCCUGGUAAGGAAACUGCAUCUCCACCCAGUGAAAGGACAAGUCAUGGAGACAAAGUAUGAGCUGGUAACCUCGCCAAAGGAGGAAGCCUGGAUAACGGUGUCUAAGAGAAGCUAAGAGCAAGCAAAACAAGGGGCUAAAAGUGCCAGCAGUGAAUUUCUGAGCAAGGGUCUUAGGGUGAAUCACGCUGGUGCCACACUGACUCAGCCAAGGAAUUUUACAUCCAGAUUUUACCUUCCACAUUCUUAACCACAUACCUCUCUUGGGUACUUUUUCUAACUCAACUAAUAGUCAUAUUAAAGUAGAUUUAAUCUGUAUGCCUUUUUUACAUUUGCUCUUGGAUCUCUGACCAAACCAUUGCAAAGAAAGCAAAAAAACCUUGCAGUGGUGUAUGUUGGGUGCUCUCUAGUCAAAGACCAGACCUCUGGUUAAUCCAGCCCCUUUCCAACAGCAGCCAGAGCCUCUCUUAUACAGUGGAAUGCUUCUUCAUGGAUCCUAGCUAGAUAAGACCUUGGAGACACAAGGACAAAGCCUUUCUCUAUAUAUAGGUAUUUUUAUUCAAAGUGUCUUUUCUUCCCUUGAGCUAUAGCUAUAACUGUCAAGAAGAGCAGAUAUAUCUUGUGGGAAGUGUGUGUGAGAGAGAAAUAAAGUGGGGCGGGAAUUGCACCACCGGUUCUCAUGCUGUGUAAUCUUGCUAUGCUGUGGGAUUGCAAGAGAAAGAUGACUGAGAAAUGCUAGUAAACCAAGAGGAAUAAAAUUGGUGUGGCCCCUGAGAAAACAGAAACAUCAGUAAUAAUAUAAUGAAAUGGAAUAAAACCACAGAACAAAGCCCUGAGAAAGCGAUUGUCUAUACCGACAGUUCUGAGGGCAGUGUCUAAUCUAAUCAGCAUCAGAAAUUGACAGAUGCUUGCAAUUCAUUCAGCACUGGGUCAGCAUGAGACUGGUCGUGCAAAUACUGAAGAGUGCUGAUUUUAUAGGGCUCUGGAUUAGUAUUGUACUUAAUAACUUAAAAGCCUCUCAAAGAAUCCUUUUCCUCCUCCGAAACAGGUGCCAGCCAGAGCAGCAUCAUGUGCCAUGUGUUCACAUGCUUUUCCCUGCUUCCUUCUUUCUCUUUUGGACAUCAUAGGCCAGCUCCUGAAUGAUUUUUCAGAGCCCCACUGUAUGGUUGCCAAGGCAGGAACCUCUUACCCCGUCACCUCAUUGGAGUAAUUGCCAUCUGACUUCCUUUUCAGGUUGUGUUUCUCCCUUCCUGCCCCCCGCCCCCUUACAUAGGUUCACUCUUUACCUGAUCUUUAUAAUCUUUUCCCCAUAAACCUGACCUUUCUGUUAGCUCCAGUUCCUAGCCCCCUUCCCACGUAAAAGCUGCGUGGUGGUGGGUGAGGUAUGGCUCAGCCUCCAGCUGUGUGUGCCUCAGCUGCUUCUGUACACAGGUACCGAUGUCCCACUGAGCGGGCCAGGAGCGUGUGGCUCCCGUUAGAGCUACUUUCUACUGCCUCUGCAGGCAGGGCACAUUUUACGUAGGGAUACAUACCUGGUGGCUGCAGUUCCCAUUCCGGCAGGCAUUGUUCCUUUCACUUGCACCUUCCAGGUCUGGAAAUCUGCUGCUCAUAUAAAAAUGUUUUGGCUCUUGUAUUGCUGUUGAGUGCCGCCCUGAAUGCAAUCCUACCAGCUCUUAUGGGGUUAACAUCUGAUGCCAGCCUCUGUGGGCACCAGACAAAGAAAAUUCUGCUCUUGGGUUUAAUGUGUCAGCUCUGCUUUUAGUGGAGCUGUAGAGAUUCAGAUUCCCCCCAGUGCAGUUAGUGUUGGGGGAGAGGUGAGGCAGAGAUGCUGUUCUCCUGUUUUUUGUCUGCUGGGCAGAAAAAGGAGGGUUGUGCAGUUCAGCUUGCUGCCUCUCUUGCAUUGAUUUUUACAAUGAACUGCAAGAAAGCUCUUGCUAAUCUGACCUCUGUUUAACUGAAGGUUGGUCAUGUCCCCAGAUGGCAAUUCAUGUUAGGCUCUGCUUCACUGCUUAUGCAGAAAGGCCUGCUUUUUCUUGAGGGUUGCAGAUGUUUCCUAAACCUUCUGGAGAGAUCAGUGUGGUAAAGGAUUUUACUUUAAAGCAUCCCUGGUGUGCAGAGGAGGCAAAAUGGAGGCUAAGUUAUUGCCUUCUUGGGAAAAAAUGGUAGGAUAGCACUGUGCCUGGUAGGAACUGGACAAGGAAUAGCUGACUGUAAUAUAAUUGAGUGGCAAAGAUCUGCUUUUUUGUGUCAUAGGGAGUGAAGCUUUCAGGCACCAGAAAAGCUUCCCAAGUGUAAUUGUCUAGACUUAUGUUACAGUGUUUCUCUGCCUUGCUGAAGCUGUAUGGGCCAGCUGCCUUGCAACAGCUUUUCCCUAGGAAUAAACAAUGGGAGUAAUUCCAUAUAAUUUGUUAUGAAUGUUCCAUCAGCACAGGUAUCGCAUCCCGUAAGACUCCCAGUCUCGGCCAGUAACCAAGCAGGCUACAGGAGUCUGUGACUGAUACAUGAGAAGAAUGUGGCACAAGUGCUGGAGAAAGCCAAUGAUUAGGUUUUUGUUUGCUCAAAACUGCUGUCAAAAACCCAUCCUGACUCAUCAUUUAAGGAAAUGUGUUGAUCCUGGAGGGAAAGGAGGGGGGUAAGGCGCUCUCAAGCAUUUGUUACACACUGCUCAGAGUGACACUGAGGUCACAGCCACAUUGUUUGCUGAAGCCUGUAAGUUUCCAUUCCUCACUCUGUGUGUGUCCAUCAUUUCAAACAACCUGACUACCAAGAUUUAGUGCAAUGCUCAUCAACCCAGCUGCGAAUCCUUUUCUGCUGCAGCAAAUCCCCUUUUUUGUAUGGGAAUGUUCAUGGAGCAGAGCUUUCUCGUGAAGUCUUAAUCUAUUUUGAUUGGAAGCUUGAAAUACCAGUUUUGUCCCAUUUUUCCCCUCACCCCUUGUCUAAUAUACAUGGUCAGCUGGUUCUCGUUUGGCCUGGUUUCCUAAGGAAGACGUUUGUAGAGUGCAGCCCUCUCCCCCCUUAUUUUGGCUAUUUUCCCCUUUCUCUUCUCACAAGAAGUAACUUCUGAGCCCUUGAGCCAAAUCAGAUGCAUUUGACAGGGAUCGGGGUUUGAAAUCUCAACACUUAUUUUCCUGCAAAUUUUUGUGAAAAUAAAGAUGAGUGGGCGUAGGGAGUCCAUGCUAGGCAUUUCACAAGAUUGCAGGCAAAGCCAAAGCAUUGUUAGGUGCCAGCCUGGGGAAAAGCCCGAGUCAGCGCCUGCAUUUUACCAGAUAGAUAUCCAAUCUCAGGAGUCCAGUCAAUAGGGAACAGGGUUUUGUCAGUCCAGCUGCUCAGACCCACACACUAAUGACACCUCUAAGGCCCAGAGAUGCCUUCUGGCUGUAACACGUGGAUGUGGGCAAGCUUUGCAACCUGUGCAAGAAAAUGCCUUAGUCUAGGAACAAAGCCAAGAGUGGGAGGUUGCUUCUAUAAUAUAGGGAAUUAUUGCUUUUUGUGCUUCAUAUUCCUGCUUUACACCAGAAAGCUGCUUCACAAAUUCCACAGGAUAGCUUUGAAAAGCAUACUGAAAAGCUGUCAUUUCAUUCCUUGGACUCUUACUGUAGAACAAGCUUUUACAGAGAGCUACAAACUCAUGAAAGGUAGGAGGCUAAAUAUAUCUCUGUGGCUAUGCAACCUGCUGCUCUCAGAAGCAGGCAGCCAGUACAGGUGCCAGGAGCAGCCAGGUCAUUGCUAAUUGAUUGUCAUGUCUGUUUCUGGCUGGCACUCUUGUACUGGUGGCAACUGGUGAGACAGUUGUUAAUAUAACUUUGAGCAGAGCAAAGAGCUUACUGAGCUAGCCUCCCACUUCCUCCCAAAUAUCCAGAAAUGGUGUUGCCUCUAGAUUUCAAUUAACCUGGGCUGCAUAUAGAGCCAUUAUUGCAAAUUACUAAUAUCCUUCUCCUGUUCCUGCAGUUUAAGGAUUUGGUGGUAAAGGCUGUGGCAUGCAGCACAGAGCUGAGGGUUGCAUAUUUUAUUUUCCAUUAUUAAAUGGAAAAGAUGAUCUUGGCAACUUCUGUCAUGCUUGCUGCAAAAGUAAACAUUGGUUGUUGGGCAGAGUGGAUGUUUGCUGAUUUUAAAAUACCUUGGGCAGCUCUUGUGCCAGCUCCCCCAUUAGCUGGGCAGUUAUGUCAGCUUGGGGCUGCUGGCAACCCCACUUGGGAAAACAAUAUAUCUAUCUCAUCUGCAUAGUUUGUUCAUGAACACUUUCGUACUGCUUAACUCACAGGUAAGUAGCAUUGCCUUCUCACUCUGUCUGUCCCAGGUACUGUGCACACUUUCUUACUGACAGCAGGAGAUAUCUGUAGUCUCACCCCCCAGGAGGGCCAUAUAUGACCUUCCCAAGGCUUCUGUUAGUGCUACAGAAGGGGUUCCCUGACAUUGACCCUUGGAUACAGAUGUAUCCUGAUGAGCAAAGUGAAAUCUGCAGUUUGUUGGCUUCCAGUCUGUGCUUGGAUCCUCUUGUAGCUUUGGGGCAAAAGGAAUGGGGUAGAGUAGUACCUUCCUGAAAGCAUUUUGAGCAUGCAGGACCUCAGGCUACUUCCCUACACCUUUUAUUAAGAGUGACAGGGAAUGGGAAAAAAGGCUUCUAAUGAGAAGGAAAAAUCUUCAUCACUCGUGGGUUAUGCCACCAGGAAAUAGAACUGUUGUAAUUGCCAUGGCAGUUCUUGCUGCUUCUUUCCACUUGUCCAAAGCAGGAAUUGCUGGAAAAUAUUCCAGGCAUUUUUCUCUGGAGCCUGAGAUGUACCUAUCUUGGCAUCUCUCUCUAGUUGAGCUCAGGACUGUUUUUUACCAGUCGCUUUUAAACUAAACAAAAGGCCUGUGUGACAUCUCUUAGGAUUCAAUGCCAGGUUUUUGGCAGUAGCAGACGGGGAAGAGGAACUACCACAUGCAGAAAAAAAAAAAAAAAAA